GCCACGUGCAAUUUGGAAGGACCACAACACACGCGACAACGGAAGCAAUGGAGGACGAGGACGUGUUGUUUGAGGUGAUUGACGACAGCAGCGACGACGAUGGCAGUGGUGUCGCGGAAGGCGGGGCAACAGAUGGAGACAGCAACAGUAGCAAUGGCGGUGGCAACAAGGGUAAGAAGGGCGAGGGUAGCGACAUACCGACGUCCUUCAAGGCACGGUUCUUGGAUCACCUGUGGUUCGACGAUGUGGACGAAGCGUUGGCCAAGCACGCUUACCAUGAGCGCAAGAAGGUGUCGCUGUGCAAGGCGAACAUGGCCCUGAUGCGAGAGAACUACGAGCAGGCCCUUGCCCUCUGCGAUGAGCUGAGGCCGCUCGUCACAGGGAAGGGAGAGCUGCGCGAGUGGGCGGAGACCGAAGCACGCGCCGCCCUCGCCCUCAAGCGACUUGACAUUGCCAUCCCCGCAGCCAAACACAGGCUCUGCCUUGUGGCGCAGAAGACCAACUUCCGUAAUUGGCACCUCCUCUCCAAAUGCUAUGCGCGUCUGGCCGCCACGAGCGCUGAUGAUGAUGCUGCGCGCCUCACAAACUAUCGCACCCAGUCCCUCAUCCGAUCCUUGGCCUGGCUCAAGUUUCUUCACAUCAUGCUCGUUCUUCAACCUCUGCACACCACGUCCUUGCGGGAACUCGACAAUACCCAGACGCAGCUGAGCUCCCACGGAUUCGUUCGCGAUCAGCGCAUCCGCGAUGAGGCAGAGUUGUUGGCGGAACUGCACGGGGUGCGACCAGACAUUGCAGACAUGACGUGUCAUGAUGCCAUGAAGGUGGUGCAAGAUGAGCUCGCCAGCCUUACUGCCACCGCCAUCGCCACAGCGCCAGACGAGAUUGGGCGCGACUACGUGGAGCACGUGCCCCCGAGCGGGCUUGCUGUUGACCGGGAUGCGUUUGAGAGCGAGUGGUUCCACACGCAGCGGCGCCUGCCGGAUGAACAGCACGCCGCCCACGACGACAUGCCCGAGCCAGAGCUCCCAGAGAAGGGCCCACGGACAGGCAACUGA